CGUGCCAAUGCUGACCUGGGAGAGGGGAAGCCUGCGAGCCUUGCAGCUCCCGGCCCACCUGGAGGAUGCUGCAAGCAGAGGUUUUGCAGACCCGGAGCAACCUCUGUCAUCGCCUGGUGCUCUGGGUGCUUCAAGAAGGAGAUCCGACGACGCCGACCGACUCCUGCCAACUUAGUUCUAAGCAGCGACCAGUCAUCCCCAGAGAUCGAUGAGGACCGGCUCCCCAACCCCCUGCUGAAGUCGGGUCUGGCCAUGUCGCCCAGGCAGAGAAAGAAGGUCUCCCGCACCACCCCGACCAUGAAAGAGCUCCAGAUGAUGGUGGAGCAUCACCUGUGCAAGCAGGCACAGGGCGAGGAGGAGGACGAGGCGGCCGCAGGGAGCCAGGACCAGCACAGCCCCGGGCGCUGCCACCACGGUGACCCAGAG